CGUUGCAUAGGGCUGCCGAGCACACUUGCCCACCUCGCCCGGUCCCCCGUCAUCUUCCGUCCUCGCCCUCGUCGUCGGCUGCUUUCCGGCCUGCUAUCUUCGCCGCUGUCAUCCUUCCCCUUCACCUCACUUCGCCGCCGUGUUCGAGCUGCGAUGAGGUCUCGCUUCGGGAUCUCUGUUCGUCCAACAGGCACGUGUCUCACUCCCGAACCACCGCUCCUGCAUAUCCAGCACGAGCCUGGCGGGCGGACGUGCUCGUCUUGCCUACCGCGGUCGUCUUCUCUCCCUCACUGAGCUUGUUGUUUAUUCCUUUGGGAUCAUGGUUGUCGGCAUAGCAGCGUUUUUGGGUCCGUGAAGCAAUGUCGCUCCAACUUCUUUCGCUCGCUGCCUCUCUCUUGGGUCUCUACUCCACUCGUUCCUGUGCCCAGUACCCUCCCCCGCUCAACUACACAGACGUGCUCCAUUCGCCCCACAACUCGAACAUCACCGUAUCCUACAAAUCCCCCGCCGUGGGAACAUGCUCCACCAUCUUCUCGACCCAACGCCAGUUCACCGGCUACAUCAGCCUCCCCCCCGGCACGCUCUCGCCGGCCGUUCAGCAGAACUACACAAUCAACACCUUCUUCUGGUUUGUCGAAGCCCGUCAGAAACCAGAGUCCUCUCCCUUGACCGUGUGGAUGAAUGGCGGUCCGGGCAGCAGCAGUUUGAUCGGCUUCUUUACCGAGAACGGGCCGUGUGAGGUCGUCCAGACCGAGGACGGUAGCUACGGCACCCAGACGAGGCUGUGGGGCUGGGAUCGCAGCUCCAACGUGCUGUACAUCGAUCAGCCUGUACAGGUGGGACUCUCCUACGACACAGCAACAAACGGCUCGCUGGAUCUGAUGCAGGGCAAGAUCACAAUCCCGCCGGCACGGAAUGAAGGCAUUGGCCCUGCCUAUACCUACCUUAAUGGCACCUUUUCGAGCCAGAAGGCAUACGCUACGGCCAACACAUCCCAGAUUGCCGCCCGAGCCGUCUGGCACUUUCUGCAGACCUUUCUCAAUGCGUUCCCCGAAUACAACCCGGGCGUGCUGCCCAACAACGACACCACGAACCCCACCGGCGUGAACCUUUUCACAGAGAGCUACGGCGGAGAGUACGGCCCGGUCUUCGCUGACUUCUUCGAGUCGCAAAAUGACCUCUUGCGCGUCGGCCAGCUGCCGGCCCAGUCCACGCUGGAGAUCAAGCUCACUUCAGUAGGUAUCCUCAACGGCCUUGUCGACUUCAAAGUCCAAGUGCCUUUCUUCCCUACAUUUGCAAACAACAACACCUACGGCAUCCAGGCCAUCGAUUCUGCCACUGCAAAGAACGCGUUGGCGUCCAUGAAUGCUCCGGACGGCUGUUUGGACCAAUUGGAUGAGUGUCGGAAUUUGCAAGACACUCAAGACUAUGCUAGCACAGGUGCUGUGCCGCUGGUCAACGACAAGUGCUCACGCGCGUAUCAGACGUGCGCACAGUAUCAGGACCUGAUUUCGGGGUCCGGGCGCAGCGUGUACGACAUUCGUCAGAAAGAUCCCACUCCGGUGCCCUCGUUCGCGUUUCAGGAGUAUCUCAACACACGCCAAGUCCAGCAAGCCAUCGGCACCCCCAUCAACUACACAGACGUGAACCCCGUCCAGUCGGCCUUCUUAGCCACCGGCGAUCCUUUACGUGGCACUCAAUUGCCCGCUCUGGGUCGGCUCCUCGCGCGAGGUGUCCGCAUAGCUCUGAUCUACGGUGAUUCGGACUUUAUUUGCAACUGGUACGGCGGGGAGGCCAUAUCCUUGAGUCUGGCUACCCUGCUUCCAUCGUACUCGAUUCCCUUUCCAAACGCGGGUUACGCCUCCAUCGUUGUGAACAGCACCUACGUCGGCGGAGCAGUCCGACAGUACGGUAACCUGUCCUUUUCCCGCGUCUACGACGCCGGACACCUUGUUCCCGCCUAUCAGCCUGAAACGGCGUUCACGAUCUUCACUCGGGUCAUACAGGGCACGGCGAUAUCCACGGGUGAGCUCAUCGACUUGUCGAGCUACGCCACGACCGGCCCUUCAUCCAGUACAAAAACCAACAAGGCGGGUGCCUCCCACGAUCCAGUGUGUUGGAUACGUUCCAUCUCGGAUACCUGCAGCGCCGACCAGCGCACACAGAUUCUUGCAGGAAACGGCGUCGUCAUAGACGGUGUAUGGUAUGCGAACGCAAAUGACUACAACCCACCGGCAAGUAGUGUCGCUGCGGGGAUUCCAGGGAAACCGGCUCCUAACGUGACCACAACAAGCGGGAGCCCGGCCUCGAGUCUGCCUCCCGUGACGGGCGUGUACACGGCCACGGGGACCCCGUCGCCAUCUUCUGCGGCUGCUGCUUUGAAACCCAGUAGAGGCCAUGAAUCGGUGGCCGUCAUCUCCUUGCUGCUCGCGGCAUGUUACAUUUAUAUGUGUACAUAAAUGGUGCGCACGAGGGCGAGGACAAAGAUGAGAAAAAAAAAAAGCGAAAAUCAAAAGUCAAAACCGCCCUCACAUUUCCGGGCGACGCGAAUAUAUCAGCAUACGGCGAUCUAUGUAGGUUGCUACGAGUUUACGAUCAGAGUCAUGACGUGGAUUCCGGACCUCUGUCAUAAUGAAUGUCAAGUCUGUGGUAAAUACACAGAAUCUGUUGCUCUUUCGCCA